CCGUAUUCGUCUCGGUGGCCAUGUGGACCCUGGUAGCCAUAUCGCUGGAACGAUUCUUCGCCAUCUGUCGGCCGCUGUCAUCCCGUCGCUGGCAAACCCAGUUCCACGCGUGCAAAAUUAUUGCCCUGGUUUGGUUUCUCAGCUUCGUGUGCCACGUACACCGACUGCAACCGGUGCAUCAGUGGCGUACAACGGGGACCAAUCUGAACACCACCUUCGACGACGACGACGACGACAGCAGCAUUCAACAGCCGGUGAUGUGUCGCGAAAUGUGGCCGAACAAAUCAUUCGAAAAGGCUUAUGUGAUGUUCCUGGGCACCGGGCUGUUGUGCUUUUCACUUCUUACGAUGGUAUUCGCGCAUUCGAUGAUUGUGUCGAAACUGUGGCGAGGAUUUGAAAGUGAAAUAUGCCAAACGAAUGAAAAUCAAACACAUCAAAACACCUUCGUUCACGGAACCCGCGAGUCGCACUCCGUCAGCAUUAGCUGGUCGCCACCGCCAGCCGCUUUCUCCAGCGGCAUUUGUCAGCCAUACUCUCCGCGGCAAUCGAGCCGCAUUCUUCAUCGUCCUUGGCUUUUCGAGCCACCAACGCCGGCCACACCCGUUGCCCGCAAGCACCUGUUGAGAAGCACUCGCCGCUCGCCUUCGUCGGCCACCCUCCCGCUCUCUCCACCGGCAUUAGUCAGCCGCCCUCGCCGUGGCAAUCGAGCCGCAUUCAUCAUCGGCCCUUGUCUUUUCCGAGCCGCCAUCGCCGGCCACAUUGGAUCGGUAUUGGCUAGCUGUCACGGUCACUAUCGCCCGCCACCCUCGUCCGCAGCAUUCGUGAGCCACACUCGGUCCGCCUUUACCGGCUCCAUCGCUGGUGGUACUCGCCCGCCACACUCAAGCCGCAUUUGCCGGCCGCCAUCAACAGUUGCCAUCGGAUGUGGCCUUCGUCGGCCGCAAUCAACAGCCGCCAUCGUCAUCCACAAUUCAACGGUACUCAUCGGCCGCACCCGCUAG